CUCGAAGAAACUUAAACGCACUACUACUUCUUGAGCCUUUUUAACUCCACAAACAAAUGGCUCCAAGAACCUCCCUUGCACUCUUCCUUUCUCUCAACCUCCUCUUUUUCACUUACACCUCUGCGACAUGUUCCAAGUGCCUCCCCACCCCGACUACGCCAACCACCCCGACUACGCCAACCACCCCGACUACGCCAACCACCCCUACUACGCCAACCACCCCGACUACGCCAACCACCCCGACUACGCCAACCACCCCAACUACGCCAACCACCCCAAGCACAGGGGCUUGUCCAAGAGAUUCCCUACAGCUCGGUGUUUGCGCCAAUGUGCUCAAGCUAGUGGACCUAACAUUGGGAAACCCACCUGUAAAGCCAUGCUGCUCUCUCAUCCAAGGCUUGGUUGACCUUGAGGCUGCAGUCUGCCUCUGCACUUUGCUCAAGGUUAACAUUCUUGGAAUCAACCUUAACCUUCCCAUCGAUCUCAGUGUACUCCUCAAUGUUUGCGGUAGAAAAGCUCCAACAAAUUUCAAGUGCGCGUAAGUUUAGAUACUUAUAACGUACCUAUAAAAUAAAGGAAUCAUACACUAUGAAUUGUGGAACCUAUUGUCGUAUCUUUUUGUGUUAUUUUACGGUGUUUUUUGUUUUUUUUUUAAAUCUUUCUGUAUUGUUUAAAUGAACGUACGUUCUCAUGAAAUAAUGGAUAACGAGUUUACGUGUUUGUAAUCGGAAAGUUUCUACUCCUUUUCUUCA